AUGCGUACUCAGCAGCUCCUCCCCCUCUGUGGUCUCCUCCUCGCGAGUGUUACGAUUGCAUCUAAACUAGAUCAUGACGAUGUUCCGAAUCGUUGCUGGGCUGCCUGCGGUCCCGUUGUCGGAAUCGCUAAGAGCUGCGAUGCCAAGCACGAGAGGGAUUCCGCUGAGAUCCAGUGCAUUUGCGAUUGGGAUGCAGCCAAGACUCAAAUCCCCCUCUGCUCUGCCUGCAUCACUCAGUAUCAAAAUGACAUGCGCAGCAACAGCAACAGCACCACUCACCACGACUAUGAUCACGAUGAUGACGACGAUGAUGAUGACUACGACUAUGAUGACUAUGACCACGAUGACCACGAUGAUGACCACGACUAUGAUGAUAACGAGGCCCUUGAUCUUGUCUACUCUUGCUCGCUCACCACUACUACCUAUAACUCUGCCGCUGCCACUACUCUAACUGGCACAUCCACUGGUACUGCUGUUGCAACUUCAAUUGCAGCCACCGCAACAGACUCUCCCACCACCGGCGGAACCAACAACCGGGACUCGAGUUCUUCAACCUCCGAAUCCUCUGACUCCGUGGGUUCCUCAUCAGGCUCAGCAUUAUCUUCUAGUGCCACUCCCGACAUUGCAGCUGGUAUUUCGGUUCCCGGUACUGCAUCCAUGGCAGGCGUGAUGGGACUGAUUGCCCUUGCUUGGCUGUAA